CCCAAAUCAUUAAUCGCGUAACAUCGCAUCGGCGCGUCGAUACGUUUCGAUCCACGCGGUUCAAAGUUUUUUUUCCUCCGGUCGCACUCACAAUGUCCUACAACGGAGGAAAAUGCGCUGCCUUGUUUGUGGCGCUCGCUGCUUGUUCCAUGUCGUUCGGAGCGAAAAUCAGCCGUGCCAUAACCGACGACGUAGAAUUCAUCACACCCCGAGCUCUAGGAUUGGGUCCAGGCGGUUUGGGACCACUCGGACCGGGUGGAUUUAGAGGAAUCGAAAUUCUACCCCGACCAGAACCAUCGUGGAAAGCUGGGGCGACGCUAGUGGCCGACAACCCGGAACAGCAAAUAAUGGGCACCAUCACGUUCAAACAGUGGGCACCGGGCCACGUGGAAACCGCCAUCAACGCCACCGGACUGCCGGUGGGCAAACAUGCCGUCCACGUGCACGCUUUCGGUGACAUGCGCGAGGGCUGCAAAUCCACCGGACCGCACUUCCGUAGCAGCAUUAUCGGAAACAUCGAAGUGAAGGAUGAUGGCAAUGCGAUUAUUGACUUUCACAGUCCGUACAUCAACCUGUUCGGAUUUGCUGGCAUCGUAGGACGGGCCAUUGUGAUACACGAGAAACCUUCGGAGAUUUAUCGUUUCCCGGAUCUGUCAAUCAACAAUCCGGUAUCGUUCCAGGGCGAGGAGGACACAGUCGGUGCACGGAUUGCAUGCGGCAUCAUCACCAUUUUAGACAAUGUGUCGUAAAUGCACGGAUGUGACCUAAUUCCAAGUAUGACUUGUUUAUGUAAAUUGGUAUUCUUUUAAUGUGAUAUUGAAUAAAAUUACUCUAUUAUUGUUACUCUAUUAAGUAAUCAAUUUAGAAAAUGAUACCGUCUAGAUCUGAAAGAUUGUUUAAUAAAUGCUUAUGAAUAGAUUGGUUUACCAUCCUGAGUAUCAGCUUAUAAAACACAUUGGGGUGGAAUCCUGGAGCUAUUCUAAGAAGAACGAUGAAUCGAGUCAAGUUUACUUUCUUUCUUGUCUUUUACUUUGUCGCUCGAACGAAUACUAUUCAAAUUGGAGUGGUAAAAGAUUUUCUACUUCAGUUACAUCCACCUAACGUAAUUUUCAAAAUUUGUGGUGAUAGUGAAGAACAACUUAAUUUCUACAAAUUGUUGAAUGUGACCAAUGAGCGUUAUCGAAUAGUUAAAUUUGGACUACAAACUAAAGAUUUCAGCCACCAAACAGUAGUCGUUUUGGAUUUAUCCUGUCAUAAGUUCAACGAUAAUUAUGAAGAAAGUUUCAGUAAA